CCCCUUCCUCCCCGUUCAUCAAUCCCAUCAUAAGGACCUAGGCGCACUCCUCUACUUGAUAGGGCGUAGGGGGUGGGUUGAUGGGAUUACGAAUAACGGCCACCGGCCCCGUUGUCGAGUAGGAACCGUACAGUCUUUUGGCUGGGAGGUCUGUCGGGUGUAUGACGGCCACCGGCCCCGUUGUCAAGUAGGAAUCGCACCUUCUUUUUCACGGUGGGGAUGAGGGCAAUCUGCUCCUUGCCGUCAUCGGUUGUGGGGACUUGGGCGGCGGUAGGCACCCCGGCUCCCAUGGGUGCCGCUUCGCCGGGGGGGAUGUCCGGUUCGUGGUCGGCGGCGUUGUCGGAGAUGUCAUCGUGGCUGGGACGACACCUCUUUGGUGGUGCCGGAGGACUAUCGUCUUCUUCAGUAGCUGGGCGAGUUCUCUUUCUAUCCCUGCUGUUGGCCGGGGGAAGGGCCCACGUACCCUUGGGAGUCCAUUAUAUUUAUGCUUCGAGCCCUUCUAAUGUCAAAGUUCGGAAAGUUCGGUGGACGGCCAAAAUGAAGAAAACGAACAAAAGGAUAAAGAAUGGUUCCAAAGACUGGAAAGAUAAGGAAUAUAUCCUCAGGCAUGGCGAGCAACUGGAACGAAAGAGUUUGUUGGAGAGAAAGCUGAGAAAACUUGGAGGGGGGAGAGGAUGGGACUCAUGUUAAUCUGCUCUGUCACGUUCUUCAUAUCUUGCAUCUUUCGUCCUUGAUUCCUCUCCGUGGCAAAGCCUCUUGUGAAGGCAUGUCCGGACCGGCGACACUGCAUUU